GUCAGAGCUGACAAUGCUGGACUCAUUUUCACAGUCAAUGGAUAUCUACAGACAGGUAUCCCUUUCGGAUGCAAUAUUGCUUGCAAGCGAUUCUGGCUCAGGAAUUCUGAAAUAUACCCUUACCCUCGUACCGUUCAACAACGUGCCUUAUCGCGUAAAAGCGCAUAAGGUUUCUCGUACAACGAGUCGGCUCGUGGCUUGCUUCUUGAUCUAUGUCUUUUUUCGGCGGUAAUAAAUUGCUUCCUCAUGUAUUUCAUGUCGAAUAGCGGUGCCGUCAGGUACUUACUUGCAUCCCAUGGCUCUUCACCUCUAUACCCGAGCCCCUAGUACGCAGUUGCUCGGAGGCAUGAAGGGCAAUGUUAACGGAAUCUUGCUAAGGCUGUUCAGACAACGUGCCAGGACAUGCGUCUUCAACCUGCGCAAAGGCGAAAGGACACUGUGGAAUCUCCUCUCUUAUCAACACUCCACCGCCAUGGACCUCAUCAAGAGUAUCAACCGAAGUCACGGCCUCGAAACGAUGGGUGAUCGUCCCGCAGACGACCCGAUCGUUACUCUACGGGGUAAAUUGGAACGCGCCUGUGACCGCUUGUCGCGGGAUCUAUAUAACACCAAAACCCACUUCCUACUAGAGUUCAUCCAGAACGCUGAUGACAACAAUUACGACUCCGGCGUUAUACCUACGCUGCAGCUUCAACUCGAGCGUAGGCGCAUGACAAUCAGAUGCAAUGAACUGGGAUUCGGUCCUGCGAACGUCAAAGCUAUCUGUGAUAUUGGUGGCAGUACGAAGACAAAGGACAAGAUCGUUCAGGGCUACAUUGGUGAAAAAGGAAUAGGAUUCAAGGCCGUCUUUGUUGUUGCCACGAAGGUCCACGUGGCGUCCAACCUUUACACAUUCAGGUUCGAUCGCGAUGGACCACUUGGUAUGAUUAACCCCAUUUGGGACAACUCACAUGCUGUGGAGCCAAAUUGGACGACAUUUCGUUUGGACAUCGCAGAGGAGGAACAUAUGGGAAACCUGAACAAGCAGCUGCGCGAGCUUCAGCCUUCCCUGUUGCUCUUCCUCCGCAAGCUGCGUUCAGUAGAUUUGCAUGUCGCUGCCAACCGGAAUAAUCCUGCGAGGUCCAUUAAGAUCUCCCGCAAUGACCCAGCACCCGAUGUCGUCGAGUUAGAGCGCUCGGAGGAUGGCGCGAGUAUUCUGAAGCGCAGGUAUAUUAUCGUGAAGCGGACCACUGUAACGGACCCGGAAGAGCCGAAGAGAGAAGGCAUUGAGCGCAGUGAAGUUGUACUGGCAUUUCCGAUGACCGCUGAGCAAGAGCCGCUGUUUGAGGAUCAGUACAUUCACGCUUUCCUUCCUAUGAGCCGGUAUGGAUUCACCUUCGUGAUACAAGCAGACUUCCUCACUACAUCGAGCCGCGAGUCUAUACUUGCCGACUCGAAAUGGAACCAGCAACUAUUCGUCGGCAUCAGUGAUGCAUUCGUGGAUGCCGUGCAGCGAUUUCAAGAGCAUCCUAUCCUAAAGGAUGUAUGGAUUCGCUUCAUACCGAUGCAAAUCAAGGACCCGUUCUGCAAAGUCGCCGACAGGAUCAUUACUCUGCUCAAGCACCGCAAUGUUUUACGUGCUAGUGAUGGCACAUUGAGCCAGCCCGUGUCACUCCUCAUCCCUCCUCGCCAAUUCCGCGAUGACGAAAAUGAGCCUCUCAUUCCCUCACAGUACCUGCCGAAAGGCCUCCGCUAUCUCUCUGAUUCGUACGACGUGCAUGGCGACAGCGCGUUUUUCUCCACGUUGGGCGUGCGCACAAUGUCAGACCAGGACUUCUUAAAUGGCCUCAAGCGAAUGGGCACGGCUAUCGGGAGCCAAUCUGAUCGUUGGCAAGAGACUGUUUGUCGCUGCCUGAAUGGGAGGAUCCCAAAGACAAGGAAGGGUAAAUUUAGACCUGAGAUACUGGAUCUUGAGAUUCUGCCUCUCAGUGACGGUUCUUGGGCUGCCGCUAAAACUGCCCAUCGGCAUGUUUUCGUGGCCAAUCUAGACGGCUUCGCUGAGCUGAGGCUGUCAAGCAUCAAGGAGGGAAUCGAGGAGGGCUCGUUUAGGCAUCGAUUCUACGCUGCAUUGGGAGUCAAGCGUGCAGAACCCGCCCUCAUCGCCGAACAGAUAUUGCAGAUACGGAGCCAAGUGUCCGCAGAGACUCUUGUCCGAUAUGCCCGAUUCUUCUAUGAGCAUCGGAGGUUGCGCGAUCUCCCUUCUCCUGCAGACCUGCAGGUCGUGGAUGAACAAGGUCUACGGGCUAGCGGUAAAGAGCUUUAUCUAGACGUGCCGGAUAGCAAGGGUACAGAGAGAACCCCUCUGCGUACCAUCCUCCCUCGCACCGCUCGGUUCCUCCAUCCAGCUUAUACGGAGACCUAUCACGACCGCUAUUGGAUACUUUGGCUUCAGGACAGUCUCGGGAUAAACGUCGCUCCUCGACUCAUCUCCGGGAAGCUAUCCCCAGAGUUUCAGACCAUGGCGCGAUCAAUGGAGACUUUGAAAUUCCUCUUGGUUCUUCGAGAGUAUUGGCCUCAACUGUCUCGGGGCAUCUCGCAAGAAGGCAAAACACAAUUGUCUCAAACAGAGGUAAAGUGUGAAGAUGGCAGGCAUUUGCUCGGCACUACUGCGUUGAAGCGAAGUGCCCUACAGCGCAUGCCGAGCAGCUACCUACACUUCUUGCCAAUCUCGAAUGCAAACAGUGGGGCGUGGAACUUCCUUGCUGAACUUGGCGUCAUGAUCGAAGCGAACCUCUCGACGUUCAUCAAGCUUAUCCUUCAGUUGCAACGCACGGCAUGCAACGACUUGUCUUUGAUAGUGGAGCUGUACAAACAACUGAAUGCAAGAUUUGACGAAGAUUCAAACGCCAUUCGCGUCGCUUUUCAGGAUAAUCCUCUCAUAUAUGUUCCUUCAGUGAACACCGACGGUCGGGGUUCAUGGAUCGCAUUUCGAGACGCCUACUGGGACGGGCCUCCAUCUAUGACCUCCAAAGUCGUACUGAAGCAUUCCUAUCCCCUGUUAGAAGACUUCUUCCAUUCAAAGCUGUGCAUGCGACAUGCGCCCUUACAGGUUCUCGUCGAUGAGUUCAAGUCCUUAGCGGUGAAGUGGAAUAACAAGAUCCUGACUGAAGCUGUGGCCACAAACGUCGAGGACAAACUUCUUGAUAUCACCGAUUGUUUGGUCCAAGAUCCAUAUGUUGCUUCCAUUCUCUCUGAGAUUGCAGAGCUGCCAAUCUUUCCGGUAUGUCAGCCUGGAAAGAGUUCAAAGCGUGUUCUUCAGCGCAUCCAUGAGUUCUACGUGCCCGAUCAGGCUGGCAAAUACGCAGAGCAGUUUGAAGAUAAAGUUCCGCUAUUGGCUGUUUCUCCCAAGCUGUCGGUUGUUAGCAUACAACCGUUAUUUAACUGCCACACGUGGAAACAACCGGCUCGGUACCUUGAGAGAUGUAUUUCCGCACAAACAGUUGCCCAUGGAACGCGGAAGGUGGACAUGCCGGUUACGCAGCAAUACAUACGCAGACUUGAGUAUCUCGAGAGGGAAUUGUACCACAAACGGUCUUCGAGGAUUCCGACCGAUCAGAUGGAGUUUUUGCGAAAGAUGGACAAUCUAACAAUCGAGAUCGUGGGAUCGAUCUCGUCAAGUUUGACUCUGGAAGAGCACGUUGUCCAAACCAACGCUACUUCCUCAAUCCAAGAGGAUGACGAUCGUGUGUCUAUAUUCGUGGCACAAGCCUCCGCCAACAACGAAAGGAAACGCGAUCGCCAGGUAUGCAGCCGUCUCGCAGAACGUCUCGACUUGGAUGGGAUGAGACUGCAACGUUUGUUUGAAACGCCGGUGGACGAACUGGAGGAGCUAUUAGAUGAACAGGGAGUAUUUGCCAUUCCGCCGGAGGCAGAACGCAUACGCAAAACUUCCUGGCUUACUACCGACACCAUGACCAACGAUCAACCCCUAACUUCCCCCCGACGUGUCGCAAAACCCGAAGAAACAGAUUUACAGAUGGAGCCUCCGCCAACUCUUGCUUAUGUACCGCCACAUGCUCGCAAUCCUGUGAAGAGAAAGCGUGAUAAACUUGAUGAUCUCGAAGAGAAUAUCCGGGAUUUGCGAAUGAAGCUAUCUUCCUCGUCGAAAUUCACGCAAGGCGAAGUCCGCACUCCAGGCUCGUCUCCUCGCCCUGUUCAAACGGCGAGGGAGAUCGCGCGAUUUAUGAGUGCUCCCGUCAGUCCAGGAAAACUCGCAUCAUCUCCCGGGAAGGAAUCGUCGGCAAGGGCAGUCACCGCUGUUGCACCGUCAACCGCAAGUGAUCGCGUCAAUGGAAUUCUAGGUGAACUCUAUGUGUACGAGCUUCUCCGCGAACUAAUUGGUCUUGACUUCGAUGAAGAGAAUUGGACUAGCGAGCUCCGUGGCGAAGUCCACGACCUGGCACCUUUCAGUGGGGAUGCUCUGGCCGAUUUCAGAUACAAGGACAGCAGCGGCAUCCUAACGGGCUUAUGGUAUGGAGAGAAGAUUAGAACCGCCUGGGCAGGCAUGUGGCCGACGUAUCACCUCGAGGUCAAGGCAACGAGCGGCUCUGCGCGCGAGCGCUUCCAUGUGAGCCAGAGGCAACUGGAUGCGGCGCAGCACUUGACGAGUCUGUCCGACUCGUCAGGAAUAAUUCCGACAGAUGUCUACGUGAUCAUCCUCGUAACCGGAAUCCGCAGUGCAUCCCCAUCUCAUAUGGUGUUCAUUGAUCCCCACAGAUGCAUCUAUCAUGGCGAUUUGUUGAUUCAAUCGGAUGUCUACCUUUCGUUGUAAUGAUUCAGCCGAUGACGCGCUCAAUGAAUCACACAUCACUUCAC